GGCGAUUUCUGCCAUUUGUUUUACAAACCCGUCAUAUACACAUGGCUGCCCCGGCCACCGUCGCCCAAGUCUCCCCGGACAAAAUCGCCAUCCUCAAUCACCAGCAAUACGACGCACCGGACACCCUCUCCCCCUCCUCCGUGCUCCCCUCCCCGCUCGACCAGUUCCGCGCAUGGUUCACCUCCGUCCAGGGUCGGGUCCACGAGCCCGAGGCCAUGGCGCUCUCCACCGCCACGCCCGACGGCCUCCCUUCCACCCGCAUCGUCCUCUUCAAGCAGCUCGACGCCCGCGGCUUCGUCUUCUUCACCAACUACACCUCCCGCAAGUCCCGCGAGCUCGAGGCCAACCCCCGUGCUUCGCUCGCGUUCUACUGGCGGGAGGUCUCCAGGAGCGUCAGGGUCGUCGGCAGGGCGGAGAAGGUGAGUAAGCAGGAGAGCGAGGAGUACUUCAGGAGCAGGCCCCUGGGCAGCCGCUUGAGUGCAUGGGCAAGCAGGCAGAGUACCGUGAUUCAGGACGGGGAAGUACAGAAGAGAAUGGAGGAAUUGAAGCAAAAGUUCGGUGUCAAGGACGGUCAAGAGGAUGCUGAUAUACCCUUGCCUGAUUUCUGGGGAGGCUGGAGGAUAGUGCCCAACGAAAUCGAAUUCUGGGCCGGCAAGCCUUCACGGGUACACGAUCGUGUGCGGUAUCUGAGGGUAGAGGGGUCAUCCGACGACUCGCCACAAUGGAAGAUAGAUAGACUGUCACCAUGAUUAUAUGGAAUUCCAGCUGAGUAUUGCAUCAAAUACAGCUCGUAUGUUCGUAAGUAUAGUCCGGAUAAUGAUGAGGUAGUCUAUUUGAUACAUUGCCCUAUCUACUAACCAAACAUAACUAUCUCUACCGGGAACUCACUCUUCCGACACCCUUUCGAAGAACUGCUUCAACGUCCCACUCAGCACCUCUGGCAGUGCCUCCACGUCCCUUAGCACAACAUAGUACUCGAAGGGGAACGAGUCCAGAUACCGCUCCAUCGACAGCUCCAUCCUGCCGUCCUCUGUCGUCUUGUACGACACCUGGUUCAUCGACAGUAUCGAAUUCGCAUUUGCGCCAGUGUCGGUCCCAGAUGCCUUUGCCUGGGUAUGGAGCGAGUCCAGCACGACGAACACAAUCAUAACCUUCAUCUCCUCCGCCUUCCUCAGCACCCGCCGCAGCUUCUCGUGGUCCUGGC